CUUCGUAUUCUAAAUCUUUGCCUGCCUAAUGGCGAAGACUACCGACUUAUCCGGUAAUGUACUGUCGAUUUUCUAUAUCAUCUGCGUUUUCUCUCCCGUGCUCCUCUCGUCUCUGCUACCUCGCCAUCUACCAGUCCACAACUCUAGUCCCUUCGGCCAUGAUUGUUGGUGCUCAGGAUGAAAGUGCUCCCCUGCUUUCCACCAAGAAAGGCUCAGAUGGCUGGCGUUUCUCUCUGCAUCAAACCUAUGAAAGGAACAUCGGUCUCCUUCUCAUCACUGCAUCACAGUUAGCUUUUUCUAUGAGCAAUGCCUCCGUCAAGGAGUUGAACAGGCUGGAAAACCCAGUAUCCACGCUAGAGUUGGUUGGCGCGCAUAUGUUCGCCACUUACCUGGGCUGCAUACUUGUCAUGUUAUGGAUUGGAGUUCCUAAGCCUUUCAUAGGACCAGAAGGUGCUCGUAAAUUGCUCGUACUCCGUGGGCUAUGCGGAUUUGUAGGCGUCUGCGGUGUUUACUAUGCUUUGAAACAUUUGUCACUAUCGGAAGCUAUCGUUCUGUCAUUCCUAGCGCCUUUUGCAACAGCUAUCUCCGGUUCGAUAUUUCUGGGGGAAACGUUGUCUGUGGGGCAUAUCCUAGCUGGCUUACUCAAUAUCUUUGGUGUCAUUUGUAUCGCACAACCGGUAUUCCUGUUUGGACAGUCACCAGACGAGGGGGCCGAAGAUCCGGAGUUUCGUUUGUUGGCGGUAGGCAUGUCUUUAGUGGGCGUUAUGGGAAGUACAGGCGCUUUCACAGCAAUCCGUGCCAUCGGCUUUCGCGCACAUGCACUCCACUCUUUAGCUUCGUAUUCAUUACAAUGUGUCAUAGCUGCGAGCAUUGGAAUGGUCGUAACUGGUACUCCGGUCGUGAUCCCGACACUACCGAAGUGGGGUGUACUGUUUGCGAUCCUCGUCUCAACUGGCUUUGCCGGACAGGUGCUGAUUACGAUGGGCCUCCAGCGUGAAACAGCAGGGAGGGGAACGACAGCUAUCUAUACUCAAAUUGUAUUCGCCACAAUUAUCGAACGUAUUUUCUUCGACUAUAGUCCCAACACAUGGUCGGCUAUUGGGAUCGCGGUCAUUAUGUCUGCAGCAAUCUAUGUUGCGAUGUCAAGGCGUCAGGAGAGUCUUAAGGACGAACUUAUAAUUUACAACGCUCAGAGGGCAUCAAUAUCGGGUACUCGGUAACACGACAGCUAACUGACUGGCAUCAUCUGAAAGCACUCAUAACAUUGUCGUAUCAAAUUCUUAGUACAUGGACACUG